AUGACACGUGAGCAUUUUAAAUAUAUUUCAAAACACUUGUCUUGCGCUGAUCAUGGUGAAUUAGACAAAGAUAAACAGUUGAAGGUGCGAAAGGAUCCUAUUUAUAAGAUCCGAUCGUUGGUGGACGUACUCAAUAAGCCAUUUAAUGAGUGUCGCCGGCCUCCCAGGUGGCAAAGUAUAGACGAAUCCAUGGUGAAAUUUAAAGGUCGAUCCAUGCUUCGGCAAACGAUGAACGGCAAACCCAUCAAAAGCGGCUUCAAAAUCUGGAGUCGAUGCUGUAAUAGAGGCUACACCUAUAAUUUUGAGAUCUAUCAUGGAGCUCGAAUUGGUGAAACGCUCAAGGAUUCCAAUUUUACGAUGGUGGAAGGAGUAGUUCUUGAUCUUUGCGAGCCCUUGGCAAAGAACGGACAUGUAGUAGCCUUUGAUCGCUUCUUCACGAGCAUCGCCCUCCUGGACGAACUCGACAAAAGGGGGAUCAAUGCGGUUGGAACGAUUCUUAAAACCAGAGUGGGGCAACCCAUUUUUACGGUCAACGAAUCGAACCUUCCGCAGGACGAAUUUGUGGCCAAGUUUGGCGGUGAACCAGGAACGGGAAGAAAGGGUGUUUUCAUCUGGAAGGACACUAAGCCGUUUCGGGUCGCUUCCAACUUCCACGGCUCAGAGGCUGUCAAGGUGCAAAGGAAGCAGCGCGAUGGUUCGUUCAGAACAAAGUCUUGUACAAAGGCUAUUGGCGAUUACGUCGAUAACAUGGGCGGUGUAGACACGGCAAACCAGCUGCGUUCCUACUACGAGAGAGACCGCAAAUCAAAAAAUGGUGGCACCGUCUCUUUUACUCCCUCAUGGAAACAUGUAUGGUGA